GCCUGCAGCACUCAGUCAGCUGUGUCGCUGCUACGCACACUAAGUAGCGAUCCUCGUCCAGCCGUCUCGCAGGCAGUGACGCGUGUGCACUGCACUGCCGACAACUGCAAUCGGAGCUACCAUCUAUGCUACCGACCGCUGUCCACAGACCUGACAGACAGACAGACAGACAGACACCACACCAAAAGCCACACCGACAUCAUCCAAACAUGAGAAAAUUCCAACCAACCAACCGACCACACUCUGUCUCUUCGCCACCUGUGUGUGUGUCUUCGUCGUCUGUCUGUCUGAGGGUCCAUCCAAGGCAAUCGUCAGUCGUGCAGUGCCCACAGCUCGAUUUCCUUUGCCGUGAAUGCUGGGCUGCUCGCCAAAGAGCCCUUCCAUGAUACCCGGCGGCCGCUGUUGUAGAUGUGCCUCGACUCCAGGGAGGCGCUCCUGGGAAGGUAUGGCGUCUCGAUCACCAUGAGGCAGCUGCUGAGGUCGGCAGCAGGCCCAUUGUCGGCGCCGCCCAGCCACAGCAGCGCCGCAUCAUGGCGACCGAUGUACACGUUGCCGAAUGGCUGCCCGUCGGCCGGCACCACCCCGUCCCGCCCCGCCACCGCCACCACUCCCUUUGCUGAUGCCAUGAUCUUGCUGGGCGUGUCGCACACACCACUGAUGGUGUAGAAGGCAACCGGGCAGUCGGUGGUCUCGUGCGCGGUGCUGUCCUCAGGUUCCAGGUCGUCCUCGGCAUCUCCCCCGUUACCAAAGGUGGUCGCGAGGAGGUGCGUGUCGCCGUCACGGACGAGGAGCAGCCGACGGGAGCCGGAUGCGUCAUGGCUCCUGUCGAGGAAGGCCGGAUACUCGAAGCUGUCACGGGACGACCUGAAUCAACAUACGGCGUGAAAAGAAAGAAAAGCAUUUCAAACAAAUGGCAAUAAAUGCCGCCAUAUCGUUGGUCUGGGGAUUAGUACUUGUAGAGCAGGGUCAUGGCAGAGAUGGGAUUGAGGGUGAAGCAGUUGAGCCAAUCCCGCAGACGGCCGUAGGGCGACCCGGCACUCGUCGCGAUGGGCUGCGGACGUCAUGUAAUUAAUGCACAAGCGCAUGAAUGAAUGAACCAAACAGCCACACCACAGGCCUGGCCCAUCGAAUCGAAUGUGUAGGUGCCUACCUCUUCCUGCUCGCUACUGCAGAUCUCAUGCGCGACGGCCUGGAGCCGCUCAGCCACGUUCUGCAGCACCCGUCCAUCCAGCACACAAAUGCACAGCCAGACAAGACGUCUUUUGCGGUCCGGUCCGGCACCCCACCUCACCACAUCGUCACACAGCAUGGGCUCCGCAUACACCGACGUCACCAGCCGACCCCGUGAACGCCUCGGCCCAUCGCUGUCACCAUCGCCAUCGUCGCCAUCGCCCACCCGCUGCCUCUUUCCCGCCGUCCCAGCUGCAUUGGCAUGAGGCUGCUGUCCGUUCAGGUCCACGGCCCUGGUGGCGAGCCGCCUCGUCGGCAUCGGCGGCAUGACGUCCUUGUCGUAGUGGCCGGCGAAUGUGUCGAGGAUCUGCAUGGGCGAGAAGGACGGCACGGGCGAUGAGGGCGGGAGGGACAGGAGGAAGUGGAACUUGUCCUUCCAUGUGGCGUCGUCGGGGGAGAGGCUGAACAGACGGCGGGUCAGCUCGUCCCGCAUGGUGGCCAUGCGGGCCUCCUCGAGAAGAGAUCUGCUCAUGGAAUGGCAUGGGACACGCACAGCAUGCCAUGCAAAGCACCCGUGUGUCGGUCGGAUGGCAGCAUAGCAUGCCUACGUACGGAGAUAUGAUGGGCUGGAGCGCUGCAAUGGCACCCUCAGGAGUCGUCUGCACAGACAGACACACACACACAAACACACAGACAAUGGACCACUACACUUGGAUCUUGAUUCAUUCAUUGUCCUUCCGCAGCAUAUAUCCUUACUUACCUGUUUGUUCCGCAGCUGGGUGUGCAGCCCCAAUAGCUGCAGCUUUCUCGCCGCAUCCGUGAAGACGGCGUGCUCGCGCUGGCCGCCAUUGUCCUCCUCCGCGUCGCCGAUAAGGCUCAUCGCCUUCUCUGUCAGCUUCAGCGCGCCUCGUUGACCCGACAGCCAGCUCUCCAGCGACGAGAGCCUGGUCUUGGCGGGCAGCAUAGCUGGGGAGGGCAUGCCAUUGGGCUGCAGCAUCUUUUCGUCUGCACCACAUAGAAUACGUCCAACGAAAUGAAUGCAUGCGCUCGAGCAGAAGAUACAGAUGGCAUGGGCGCCUCUUUGCCCUCACCUGUGGGGCUCUCUCUUUCUGCUUCAAGUGCGAGCUCCUCUGUGGCGAGCUUAAGAGAUCUCAGGCCUUUUCCGCCCACACACCUCCCGGACAGCAU